AUGUGCCGUCACUUUCAGGUAGUAUCACAAAUGGAGAAUCUGUUCGAUUUCUCGCCGUCCGAAAUUCUUUAUGUUUCGGCUAAAAAUGGCACAAAUGUUAGCAGCGUAUUGGAAGCAAUCAUUGAAAGAGUGCCUUGCCCUCAAGUCAAACUCGGGUCGCCUUUUCGAGCUCGAAUAUUUGAUUCCUGGUUUGAGCCAUAUCGUGGCCCCGCAGUUUGUGUGUCUGUGCUUGAUGGGGCAGUUGUUAAAGGUCAAAGAAUUCGAACUUAUCAUAGCAAUUGUGAAUACGAAGUGCUCGAAGUGGGCAUCAUGCAUCCGGAAAUGCGGGAAUGUUUGUAUGCUGGCCAAGUGGGUUAUUUGCUGACAACGAUGAAACAUGUUCAGGAUGCUACUGUCGGCGAGACGCUGUACGAUCUGAGCAUCGAGCGUCACAAUCUACAAGCAUUGCCUCUCUUCAGGCCCAAUGCUUCGUGUAUCUAUGCGAGUUUGUAUCCAAUGGAUGUGAGCGAAUAUAGCAUUCUGCGUGAAUCCGUCCACAAAUUGGCACUGAACGAUUCAUAUAACGGCGAACGCAUUAUUCGCUUGCUAGACGCGAGUCAUUUCCCGAAGUAUCCUUCUGACAUUGAUCAUUUCCUGGAGCCAGUUAUCAAGCUGACAAUUUUGAUACCCAAUCAAUAUGCGCCGGAAGUGGACAAAUUAUGCACUGAGGCUCGCGGAGAAAGAGUUGAUUGGAGUGCGAUGGAUACGGAAAGCAGUAUGCAGCAAUGGAAAUUACCUUUUGCCGAAGUGUGUGGGGAUUUCUUCGAGCGAUUGAAGCGAAUUACGAGUGGCUACGCAACAUAUAAUUACCAGCCGGAUGGUUAUGAACGAGCAGAAAUUGAUUUACUUGUUAUCCAAAUCAACGAUCGACCCGUCGACGAAUUCUCGCAAAUAGUUCCAUUACGUGUUAUGAAGGAAAGGGCUAAACUGAUUGUGCGAAAGCUGCGUGAGGAAAUACCCCGGCAACAGUUUGAAGUACGAAUUAAGGCAACAAUGGGGCAAUCAAAGAAGACUAUUGCAGAAACUGUCAUUGCACCAAUGAAGAAAGAUUUCACAGGGCGACUGAAAGGCAAUUUCGGAGAGCAAAAGGCGGGUAAGGAAAGGAUGAAACAGAUUGGCAGAGUGCAGAUCCCGAAAGAAGCUUUCGUCAAUGUAUUACGAAUCUGA